AUGUCCCGUACUUGUUCUCUCUAUGCCAGUAUGUCUGGUCCUAUGAAAACUUUCAGAGACUCGAGGGUCUAUACAGCAGUCCCCUUACAAACGGUCCAGCCUAUAUCCACUCAAGCGCUUGGCUUUCGGAUCGAGUUACAAGAGGGUAAAUGUGAUCCCAAACCUCUUAGUAUUUCCCAUCAGCUCUACGACAACGACCAAUUUGCGCUCGCAUCACACUUGAUUCUUGUGGCAACUCACACCUUCACCAUGGCCAUGACUUACCACUCUUGGAUUGCGGCUAGCGAAGGCUUUAUUCCAGUGCAAAUAAAUGGCCCAUUAUGGCGGCCCGAAUAUUCAAUCUGCGGAUGGUAUAACGAGACAUACAAUGCGACCGAGUCUGUCUGGAAGUCAGUUCCAUCCAUGGAGCAUAACCUUUGGCUAUACAUGAUCGUCGGUACCCAGCCGGUGAUGACCGUGCUAGCCAUAUGCGUGAUCGCCUUUCUUUUCCGUGUCCCCAUUUCACGAGAUCUCGGCAUUAUAUCUCUGUUGGCGGGCGCUGACCAAGAUACUCUCAAAAUACUCAAGGGCGCUUCUUACAGUGGCAAACUGACGAAGCCCGUGCCUGUUAGAAUUGAUGUAUCCCAUAAUGUGGAUCGGGCCGGGACGAAGCUUGGAUCUGUGCAGUAUUAUAUUGGCGAAUCAGGGACGCACGGGAGAAUGCUGGGAGGAUAUAUAUACUCGUGA